AUGGAUAGUGUUGAAUAUGUGAGAUUGACACAAACGGCCAAGUUGGAGCUCGCUGAUGUUUGGCACGCCUCGGUGUUUACCCUGAGCUGCGUGCUGCUGGUCAGCUGGUAUCACGGUGAGACGCAGAGCGGAGCGCAGAACACUUUUCCUCCAGCUGAACAGAGCUACCUGACUACUUCAAAACUACGAAGAUUAAACCGAGACACCUCUGUCAACACCUAUAUCGCAACAAUGGAUAACAGUCCUGGAGGAGGAGUGAUCCUGUAUGCUGGUUCCACCGGUAGUUUGAGCCCCAGUCCAGGCAGUCCGUCUAGUGGAUACCAAAGCCAAUCCCCCUCAUCACACUCCCAGCCAUCGUCUCCUGAGGAGGUCACUUUCACAGAGAUUGGGGCUCUGAAGCGGAGGUCAGGGUCCACUUCCAAGUUCGUUUUCCAGUUCCCGGAUGUGUGCAGUGUCUCCCAAGCAGCUGCACCAGUAACUUCUCACUACACGUAUGCACAUGCCAUUGCUGCAAAGAGGCCAUGUGGAUUUCAAGGCACAUUUACAAAGACAGGAGAAAUGGUGCUUCUCUGCAGAGUCUGCGGGGACAUUGCUUCUGGUUUUCACUAUGGUGUACAUGCAUGCGAGGGUUGCAAGGGAUUCUUUCGUCGCAGUAUCCAGCAGAACAUCAACUACAAGAUGUGCGUGAAAAAUGAACAUUGUCAAAUCAUGCGGAUGAACAGGAAUCGCUGCCAACACUGCCGUUUCAAGAAAUGCAUCUCUGUUGGCAUGUCUAGAGAUGCUGUCCGCUUUGGCCGCAUCCCCAAAAGAGAGAAGCAACGACUUCUAGAUGAAAUGCAAAGCUACAUGAACAGCCUCAAUGAGUCAGCUGCCAUGAACAUGGAAUCACCCUUGAAAGAGAUUUCCCACACACAGACAGAUGAAGGUAAUUCUCAAGAGGAUAUUGGAGCCAUUUCAAAAGCCUACCACGAUGUCUUCACCACCAGUAACAAUAACUGCCAAGAAAGAGCAACUAAAAGUGCAAACAUCUCCAACAACAAUAAUUGUCCUUCUUUGGAGGGUGGCUUUCUCCAAGCUCCCACCACUCCGAGCUAUCAGUCCUGUCCUACAGCAUGUCCCAGUCUACGCCCCAUUUUUCAUAAUGACAACUUGUCAUCAUUCCACAACAGUGUGGACAGAAGCUGCACAUAUGCACUACAGAUGAAUCAGAACCACCACCAGAAUAAUCAGAACUGUCUCUCCAAUCAAAAAAAAGCGAACCUCACGUCCUGCCCAUGGAAAUUAGCACCAGGAGCUAAAGUAUUGGCCUGUCCUCUAAAUACAUGCCCUGUAUCAGGGGCUAACUGCUCUAGUCAAGAAAUUUGGGAAUCCUUCUCAAAUUGUUUCACUCCAGCAGUGAAAGAAGUUGUCGAGUUUGCCAAAGGAAUCCCAGGAUUUCAAGACCUCAGCCAGCAUGACCAGGUCAUGUUGCUCAAAUCUGGCACGUUCCAGGUGCUGAUGGUACGCUUUUGCAGCUUGUUCAAUGCUGAAAAGCGUACAGUGACUUUCCUAAAUGGACAAACUUACCCCUUGUCUAUCCUCCGGGGUCUUGGCAUGGGCUCAUUACUGGAUGCCAUGUUUGAAUUUAGUGAGAAGUUGGGUUCUUUGGGCUUAGAGCCCGAUGAAAUGGCUCUCUUCAUGGCCGUGGUGCUGGUCUCUGCAGACCUCUCGGGGAUCUCUGACAUGCAGGCCGUGGAGCAGCUGCAGGAGGGUCUGAUCCGAGCUCUGCGCUCACUAAUCACUCGCCGCCGUCCAGAUGACUCUGGCCUCUUUUCCAAACUUCUUCUUCGUCUCCCCGACCUGCGCACACUCAACAACCUACACUCUGACAAGUUGCUGGCUUUCUGUAUUGAUUAA